GGUCCUCAGUGGGUCUGUGUUGCGUGACUUCCCUCUACAUCCUCAAGUUCACCGCAGCCAAGACCAGAUCCAGCCAUGUCUGAUGUAGAAGAGGAAUAUGAGGAGCAGGCGGAGGAGGAGGCAGAGGAGCCAGAACCUGAAGAGGAGCCAGAGCAGCAGGAAGAAGAUGGAGGCGAGCAACAAGAAGACACAGAAUAUCAAGAUCAGGGGACUCAGGAGGAAGAGGAAGAGAGGCCAAGACCAAAGCCCACGGUACCUCAGCUGGCCCCUCCAAAGAUUCCAGAGGGGGAGCGAGUGGACUUUGAUGAUCUCCAUAGAAAAAGAAUGGAGAAAGACCUGGUGGAGCUCCAGACUCUGAUUGAUGUCCACUUUGAACAGCGGAAGAAAGAGGAAGAAGAGCUCAUCGGACUUAAAGAUCGUAUUGAGCGACGGCGCUCUGAGCGUGCGGAACAGCAACGUGUCCGGGCAGAGAAAGAGAGGGACCGGCAGACCAGGAUUGCGGAGGAACGCCAGAGAAAGGAGGAUGAGGAGGCCAAGAAGAAAGCAGAUGAUGAAGCAAAAAAGAAGAAAGUGCUGUCCAACAUGGGGGCUAAUUUUGGCGGUUUCCUCGCAAAGGCAGAGCAGAAGAGAGGAAAACGGAUGACAGGAAGAGAAGUUAAAAGAAAGACUCUAUCUGAGAGGUGCAAACCUCUGUCUAUUGAGAACAUGAGGGAGGAUGCCCUGAAGCAGCGUGCACAAGAGAUGUGGAACUGGAUCCACCAGUUGGAGUCGGAGAAGUUUGACUUCAUGGAUCUGAUGAAGAUGCAGAAAUAUGAGAUAAUUGUCCUCCUGAACAGAAUUUCCCAUGCUCAGAAGUUUAAAAAGGGUCAUGGCAACAAAGGCAAAGUGGGCGGCCGCUGGAAAUGAAGCCCGUCUGCCGGUGGAGAAAGUGGAUGACAGGGGCAACAUGGAGAGAGCUGCAUCUUUCUCUUUCCCCUUACACUUCCCUCUCUCUGUGUUAUCAAAACUGUGUUGAAAAGAUGAAAUAAAUCCUACGCGAUCUAAA